AUGGUUGUCUCUAUUCAGCAGAAGGAGAGGGUCAAGAAAGCGGCCUUCUUUUUUGCUGGACUGGGACACCUUCAACCUAUGUUACUGGUAGCCACCAAUUCCGACUACCUACUGGACAGGUUCCUUCUCGAGAGGCGCUGCUCCAGUGAGUAUGUCUCUAGGACAAUCACCUCACUAAUCUUCAUAGAGAUCUUGGCAACUAUUCUCGUGGCAGGAUUUGCAGUGCUCUUAGGGUUAUAUAAAUUCAUACCUGAGGGAAAGAAUGAAGAGGACUUUAGAGGAUAUCUCACAGUUGGUAUUCAGUGGAUCAUCUUCAUUGGAUACUUGCAGAUACUCAAGGCUUUUACAUCCGGUGGAGAGAAGGGACAUAUUCAAUGGUUCUAUUUCUCUCUACUAUUUCAACACUUCUUCACCUGUAUCAUAGGUGCAGGCAUUGGAUUUAUAGAUGUGGACAGGGCACUUUGGUACUUCAUGACCCUUCCUAUGUCACCCGUCCUUAUCUUUUUUUACCAGAUGCUCAUCCACAUGUGGGCUCAAAAGAGUGGUCUGGUUGAUAUAGGAUAUACUGUAGUCAAGAAUCAGAUAUGGUUGGGACUUGUCAACUCAUUCUUGGCGACGUUACUGUGGAUCAUAGCCUACUUUCCUGGACUGUAUAACUCUCAACCGAUUCCGGAUGUCGUGGAAAUCAAGAUAGAGCUGGAUAGAACAUAUUCCUAUGACUGUACUAUUAGUGGACCUAAUAAUGCUUACAUGUUGGUUGGUAGUAGUAACAAUCCACCAGGUUACACAUGCUAUCGUCAUAAACCGGAUACUUCUGGACAUUUCAAGGGAAGGAAGUUUAUUGUAACAUCCAUCUGUCAAGGAGAAUCUCCCAUAAAGAAGGUCUCUUUUCCAGAGCAUGAAUUCUGUACACAUGCAGAAGUGUACCGGUCCAACGACAAGAAGUGGCUCCUAGUUAAGCUUCUGAUGGAGGAUGGCUCAGCUUACUACUAUUGUCCCAGGAAGAAUGGUACUGAGAAUGAGUGGUGUGUUUAUAAGGUGUCUAAGAAGGAUAUUGGAAAUCUUAACGAACUUGGAGAACUACUCCAACAGAUUAAGAGUUAUAAUAGCAACACAGGUCUAAAAGAUAGUGGAGAACUUCAAAAUAAGUUAAUCAAGAAAUUUACACCUGGUUCUAGCGCCGUUAAAACUGAAUCUUCCGAUGGAAAGAUUAAGCUUAAUCUCCAAAAUACCCGUAGCUAUGUUUGUACCUCUGGAACAAAUGGCACUAAAAAAGAUGUGCCUAUUACUGUGAUUAGUGUAGAACUAACUGGAACUCUAGAAAAUUACUAUUGUCAUGUUCAUACUCCGUGUUCAAAAACUCUGGAGCUCAGUAGGGAUCAUGUAGGUGCAGGAAAUAUUUUGAGCAUAACCCUACAAGAUCCACCUUCUGGAAAAAAGGUUGAUCAUACACAACUAUACCGUGAUCCUAGAGGUCAACCAAUCCUCCUGGUAGUUGUAACGACUGACGGGGAGAAAUGGUACUAUGGUCCACAUGGAAGGCCUGGUUUCCGGAGUAGUCCUCAGACAUGGGUUGGUGCUAAGCUAGAUGAGGAUAGGUAUAUUACUGAAGGUGACCUAGAGAACCUACUUACCAAGGCUUGUAAAGGAUUUGAACAGAAUUGUUUUCAGAAGAAUCUUAAUCAGGAUGGUGGUCCUUACAGCUUCUCUAAGAAUGGCUUUGGUAAUGAUACCACUGUUCACGACCCUUCUAAUAAGCACACAGUUUGUCUAGACCUAAAGAAUAUCUGCGAGUACUGGUCUACGUACAAGAGUGGAUCUAAUAAGACUCUCAUAUCUGUUGAGGAAAAGACAGAAUUGCAGAUAUGUAGUGAAUACACUAAGUUUCUCCACAAGAUGGAUUCAGGAUCUAAAUUUUGCAUUGAUAAGAUCCAACAUACUCCAUCUUCUAACUGCAUUAAUGCUAAGACUUUAGAUCUUAGACCAUGCAUAGAUGGACUAGUGGAUGAAGUCUCUGUCUAUUAUGGCACUACUAGUAGUAAAGUAGAUAUUGAUAAUCCCCUGCUUAUUUGCAUUAAGAAGUCUAAGUAUGAUUCUUCUAACUCUAAGAAUGAGGACUCUUACUGCUACUACUGCAAGGGUUUUGAAAACUGUUGGUACAGGUAUAGAUACGGAACUGAACCUGGGAAGAACUGCGUUCAGAUACCUGCUGAAAGUGAAGAUGAUAAAUGUACUGAUAAAGGACUAUGUAAACUGCUUAGUGAACUCAGUACUGGAACUAUCAAUCAGAGAUUUACUGAUAUGAGCAGAGAUACUUAUCUUAGGAAUCUCUCAUCUGAUCAUGACAAUUAUGACUAUCGGAGGGUUUUAUGGGAUCCUAUUACUGGGCAUCUAUCCGGUACCUGCAUGCCACUGAUUAUGCAUGGUUUAGCGGUUGGAGCUAUGGGUUCAAUUUAUCCUCAUUUGGUUCCCAAGACUUUGGUUUCUGCUAAGCAUGGUGGUACAUUCAACGUCAUCAGUAUGUUUUUGGCAGCACUUCCUCAGGUUCUAAAUCUCAUAUUUCUUGAGACUAAGAGUAAAGCAUUUGCCAACCGACCUUGGGAAGGUGGAGACAAAUGGUACCUUUUUUGGCUUUUGUAUAUACCAUAUUUGUUAUCGUUUCUACUCAUCAUUUUUAACAUUCACUAUCCUGGCUGGAGAAUCUGUUGCUAUAUCAGGAGCCACACUUUGUUGGCAUUCCUCAUUAUGCUUUCUGUUAGUUUUACCAAUGACCUUUUCCUGGCAGUAGGUAGGGGUGGUAUCAUGGACCAGAGGAGUGGUAAUAAACGUCUAGGAGGAGAUGGUCUGGGUUUGAAGAAUGAUCAUUCUCUUAUUAACAAGAUAGCUCCCUUUAUGGCCCUCUCCUACAUACCAUUCUGGUUGACAACUUCUCCAAUGAUAAAGAGUUAUGCUCAUAGUGUUGAUCAAUACUUUUUUGAUAAGGAUAGAGAUUCUUGGCCUACUUCAUGUUGUGGGUUUUUGAGUUCUUGGGGAUAUUGGUGUAAAUGUGGUUGUCGUGGUCUUUAUACUAGUCUUCCUAAACUGUUGACUUUUGAUAUGAGAGCUAAGCUGGCUCAUAGAGAUGAUCGUUUGUUUAUUUUAGUUACUUCUGACUUGCCCAAAGAGGAAUGGUUUACUGAUUGGUAA